AAAGCCUUGUUCAGAGUAUAAGAUGAAGGAGAUCACAGGUAGUGGAAUUUUUGUGGGUGAAGGGGAAAGUGACGCAUCAGAAGCUGGCAGUGCCAACCCUUCUGCAAAUAAAACAGGAUUGCGGAUGUAUCAGCAAGCAAUUGCAGGAAUCAGUCAUAUCUCCUUUGGUGAUGAGGAGGCUAUUUCUCCAAAAAAGCCCACUAGUUUACCAGAGGUGGCCAAGCAGCGGGAGCUAAGUGGAACUCUGGAAAGUGAAGACUCUCAACUGAAAAAGCAGCUUUCGGAUGCCAAGUGCAAGGAGCUUAGUGGUCAUGACAUAUUUGCUCCACCACCAGAAAUCAAACCCCGGCCAAUAACUCCUCGCAUAAUGGAGUUGAAAGGGAGCAUAGAUAUUGGGGAACCCGCUGCACAUGGUGAUGGAAAGUCUAAUGGGGAACCACUUAAAACAGCAAAGAAGAUUUACAACCAGAAAUUCUCAGAGCUUUCGGGAAAUGACAUAUUCAAGGGGGAUGUGCCGCCUUCAUCUGCCGAGAAAUCGCUGAGCGGGGCUAAACUACGAGAGAUGAGCGGCAGCAACAUCUUUGCCGAUGGGAAGGUAGAAUCUAGAGACUACCUUGGGGGCGUACGGAAGCCGCCGGGUGGGGAGAGCAGCAUUGCAUUGGUAUAAUUUGUUAGGGUCCUAACAGAGUCAUUCUCAUAUACUGUCCUUCGUUUUGUUAAUUUAGUGGGGAUGUGUUAUUAUAUAUAUUAUUUGACCAUGUAUUUUCUGGGUUUUGGUCAUUCGUGUCUUUAGGCUUCUUGAUGUCUUCUUUGACUGGGAAAAGGACCAUCUGCUAAUUGGUUGUAUGUCCAUAAUCCUGUGUUUUCCUCCGUGUUUGGUUUAAUGGAAGUUUGGACUGUUUACCUGAUUUAAUUAAAACGUACCAUUGUACUUUGCUA